AUGGCGAGGUCUAGCAGCAAGGAUGCACAAGACCUUUUCCGCGCUCUUUGGUCUGCUUAUGCCGCUACCCCCACCAAUCUCAAGAUCAUUGACCUCUACGUCAUAUUUGCUGUUUUCACCGCUGCCAUUCAGGUAGUUUACAUGGCUUUGGUGGGAUCGUUUCCAUUUAACUCCUUUCUAUCAGGAGUACUUUCUUGUGUAGGAACUGCUGUUCUUGCUGUUUGUCUCAGGAUCCAAGUGAAUAAAGAGAAUAAGGAAUUCAAGGAUCUUGCACCUGAGCGAGCUUUUGCAGAUUUUGUUCUCUGUAAUUUGGUGCUUCAUUUGGUGAUCAUGAACUUCCUUGGUUAG